AUGAUUUAUUCCCAGGGCUUCAAUUUCAAUUCCUACGUCGAGAAAGGCGUCGACCCUCGCACCGGCCAGUACAACUGCACCAUUUCUCUCUAUGAAGUGCCGGCCGGGGUUCGCAACUGCCCCCCAUUGAACCUUUCCCUCCACUAUAAUCCCCUGGGAGGUGACGAUGUCGGCCUCGGACGGGGCUGGUCCUUCGGCGGUCUCUCAUCCUAUGACCAGCCGUCCAGGACCCUUGUUCUGUCCACCGGUGAGAAUUAUAAAGUUCGAGAAAGCAUCAGCUCUGUCGUGGUGACGGACCAGAAGCUCAAGAGUUUCAUAUUCCAGAAGACGAGCACCACAAGCUACCGCGUCACCCUCAAGUCAGGCCAGGUGGAAUUACUCUCUAGCUUCAACAAUCGGGCCUCUGAUUUGGUCGAGAUCGUCUACAAUGACAGCGCGCAGAUCGUCACUGUUACAAAAGCGCCGGGGACCGCCGAGGCUGCGACCUUUGCGUUGGUGAAGCGAAAUAACCAACUGGCGGAGCUGCGCCUGCCGCUUGAGGACUCGCCGGCCUGGAAGUUCACCCCGACAGGGGCAACGGAGACCAUUUCCUACAGGGUCGCGGGUUUCCGACUACCCAGCGGUGCGCCAAUCAGUACCAUCCCCUACCCGGCUAUCCAAACGACCUACAGCUACUCGGACCACAACUUCCUCGGCUACGGCGGAGGCAGGAACUGGACCAGCGAUGGUGAUAACCUCUACCUCACUCCGGCCGACUAUGAGUAUUCCUCCACUGUGCAGGUGUUUCAUCUGCAGCUCAGUACGCAGCAGCAGAAGGGCGUCAAUCAGCUCACACAGGCCACCACGUACUAUGCGCGCAGCAAUACCCCCUUUGAGAACCAGCCGGCCCAAUAUCAGUUUCCUCAGACCCAAGAUACCACCUAUCGGGACACUUCCACCGGAGCUUCGCGAACCAGCGAAACACCCCCGAGUGGUGUCACGACCACCCGCGAAUACUAUGCUGCUGCCGGCGAGGUGGCCUCUGGCCAGCGCUAUGUCAAGCUGGAGACCGUUAUACCUGCUGCCAGUGCCUAUUCGACGCCCACCCGCGCCCAUAGCUACACAUACGUCGAGCUCCCUACGGCAACCGCGGCCCUAACCGACUAUUUCGAUAGCCAAACCCUUGCUACCACGGAAUACACCUACCAGCAGGACUCGCGCUUGUUCAACCAACAUCCGACAAUAGAUAUAUUUAGGUACCAUCGCGCGAGCUCGACGGAAUUAACCGAGACCAUUACAACAACUAGCUUCGACGGCCAGACCACGCAGGAAGAAACCACCACCUCCCUUAUGUCCGGAUUGACCCUCGCAACCAAGAACCGCGCCGGCACAGAGACCACUUAUCAGCACGAUGCGAUAGGUCGGGUGACCGAGACCGUCACCGCUUUUGGCACGGCCUUCGAGGCCAAAAAGCAGCACGAAUAUGCUGUCCUAGAGAACGCCGUCGGGUGGCAAGUCACGGUGACCGACACCAAGGGGGUGCGGACUCGAUACUUCACGGAUGGCAUGGAUCGCGUAGUUCGGGUGGAAUCCCAGGACGACGAUGGCAUUUGGGACCAAUAUCAGACGUACACCGGUACAUUCCGCGUUGUUCAGGAGCGCCAGUAUAACGCCCUCGAUCAAUGCACCGAAGAGGUAAACAUCGACUGGCUCCGCGCCAGCGGAGCGCCCAAAGAGCUACGUACAACUCGCUCCCUCGAGUACGAUGACUGGGGCGAGGUCUAUAAAGUCACAAAGAACGGCGGAGCGGUGCAACUCUCCGUGACAGACCCUAUUGCCUUAACCCAGACCGUUGGGAAUGAGGGUGAAGGCCAGACUCGGAUCCAGCACAACAUGUUUCAAACUCCGACAUCUGAGGCUCUGGUGCGGCGCAACGGAACCGUCGAGGGACGCCGCUGCCAGGUUACGGAUGGCUUGGGCCGUACGACGCAGUAUAGCUACGAUAGCUUCGAUCGCGUGGUCAAGACAACAUGGCCCGACGGCCACGCUAUCAUUACCCAGUACGCUGCCGAGAGCACCACGGCUUUGCCUGUGGCUAUCAAUCUUCAGGGCUCCUCAGGCUUCAGUGUUCAGUCCUUCGAUGGAUUGGAGAGGCCGCUACACACCACUGUCGGCGGCCGCACCACGAGCAAUACAUAUCAGGGCGUCGCCCCCGUCCCUACCCAGAUCACCACUCCGAAAGGAGAGCGCUCCAAGCGCACGUAUGAGCCGGCAUUGGACUAUGCAUUGACAGGUAGGGUCACCAGAGAUGGUGCCGACUCGUACCAACACGACAAGCAAACCGGCGAUCUCUUGCGCCUGGAGGGUUCGCUCGCCGCGGCCAGCCUCACUUAUUACCCAUCCACUCUGCUGUCUGGGGAGACUAUACAGACCGCUGAUGGGACUCGUGCGUUGGAGUACGUGUACUCACAGGCAGGCAAGCUACAAGAGUACACCGAUGUCCACGAGAAACAGCACGCGAUGCAGUACGAUGAGUAUGGCCGGCUGCAGGAGAUUAGCGUCGGAGCGCUUGAAGCUAGAUUCAGUUAUGAUCAGGCAGACCGCGUUAUCACGACCGUGGCCGAGGAUAGCGAACAGGGUGUGGCCCUGACGACCAAUAUCGGGUACGACGAGUUCGGCCGCGAGAUUCAGCGAAAGGUUUGGAAGGGGGCGACGCUCUUAUUCCAGUCCACCCAAUCAUACGGGGCAACGGGGCUCGUCGACGCACGCGAUCGAAGCGAUGGCACCGGAACUCUGGUGCGACAGGAAACUUUUGAGUAUGACAAUUUAAGCCGAUUAGUGGACUACCAGUGCCAGGGUACACAGCCCCCGGUGGACGAGCAAGGCCGCGCCCUUCGCCGUCAGCGCUUCACGCUCAACGACUAUGAUGGGUUCACCCAGAUCCAGACCACGUUUGCGGAUGGCAGUGAGGACACCCAGGCCUACACGUACAGUGCUCAAGAUCCGACACAGCUUAUCAGCAUCUCUAACACCCACUCCCAUGAAGUGGCGGUUGUCAAUCUCGAGUAUGACGAGAACGGGUGUAUAACGCGCGACGAGCACGGGCGGACGCUGGUCUACAAUGCGUCGAAUUUGCUGUCCGCAGUUUAUGAUAGCCAGAACCAACUUCUCUGCGAGUAUGGGUACGAUGCAACAGACCGGCUUGUCCGUCAAUCAAUCCCAGAUGACCCGGACACCGAAUUUUCUUACCGGGGGGACUCGUUGAUCGCCGUAACCAAGGGGGACCACCAGACUAGCUUUGUUUCAAACGGUGGGAUAUACUGGGGGGAAGUCCAGCAGCAGGGGACUGAGGUGUUCACCCAACUGUGGGCGUCCGAUGCCAGCCACUCGGUUGGCACCUGGCUGGAUACGCGGGAUACAGAACGGGUUCACGACCAAGCGUACACGCCCUAUGGCGUCAGCGUCGACGGAGCAACUAUCGGCUUCAACGGACAAUGGCGAGACCCGAUCACCGGGUGGUACCACCUGGGGAACGGCUAUCGUGUGUACAACCCGAGUCUGAAGAUUUUCCUGCAGCCGGACGCCUGGACCCCCUUUACCUCGGGCGAACUCAACCCGUACGCCUACUGCCUGGCGGACCCAGUCAAUCGCACCGACCCGAGCGGCCACUGGAGCCUCCGAGGAUUCUUUCAGUUCCUGGCGAGCGUAACCGUUGCCAUUGGAAUUGCCGUCUUCACCGGAGGGGUUGGAUUUGUUGCCGGCGUAGCAAUUGGGGUCGCCGUGAAUGUAGGCGUCGGGGCUGCCUACGACCUGGCGACAGGGACAACUCCCACGCUGAAAAGCAUAGCCUCCGAUGCUUUCUAUGGAGCAGUUGGUGGAGCCACUGGCGGCGUUUUGGGCAAGGCCCUUAAACCAUUGCCUUCGGCGCUGGCAAGCGGAACGGCGAAGAUCAAGCAGGCAAUCGCUUUGGAGGUUACCACAAGCGCCAUUACCGCGCCCUGGACUCAGUUCUCUGAAGCCUUGGGAAAUCUCGUUACGUCUCGUGUGAACAGCAACAAGAAGGGCUCCCAGACGCAACAACCCCUGGCCACGACCGCCGGCUAUCUGGCGGGAUUGCCCAUAGAGAACCUUCGACGACAGCAGGCAAGCGCUUCUCCAAGCCAACCGAUUAUCUCGCAAGCUGCCGGCCAGUCUUCCAGUAAUGACGGGUCAUCUUCUGAUAUCGUGUCCGCCCGGAUCUCCUCCAGAGAGACGGUCACUGCCGAGGAUUUCAGGUCGGACUCUCUCGUGGGAUCUACCUUUGUUGGCUCACAAUUCACGCUUCAGCUAAGUCCCAACCACCGGGUAUUCUUUACCAUCGACACGCAGGCAGCACAUGUACCAGCCUGGGAUGUCACCGGGACUUCGCUGAGUGCGGCCACGCACUAG